CGCGGAGCGAGAGGCUGAGAGUCGGAGACGCUAUCCGCUUCCAUCCGUUGCGCAGACCCUGCCGGAGCCGCUGCCGCUAUGGAUGAUCGGGAGGAUCUGGUGUACCAGGCGAAGCUGGCCGAGCAGGCUGAGCGAUACGACGAAAUGGUGGAGUCAAUGAAGAAAGUAGCAGGGAUGGAUGUGGAGUUGACAGUUGAAGAAAGAAACCUCCUAUCUGUUGCAUAUAAAAAUGUGAUUGGAGCUAGAAGAGCUUCCUGGAGAAUAAUCAGCAGCAUUGAACAGAAAGAAGAAAACAAGGGAGGAGAAGACAAACUAAAAAUGAUUCGGGAAUAUCGGCAAAUGGUUGAGACUGAGCUAAAGUUAAUCUGUUGUGACAUUCUGGAUGUACUGGACAAACACCUCAUUCCAGCAGCUAACACUGGCGAGUCCAAGGUUUUCUAUUAUAAAAUGAAAGGGGACUACCACAGGUAUCUGGCUGAAUUUGCCACAGGAAAUGACAGGAAGGAGGCUGCGGAGAACAGCCUAGUGGCUUAUAAAGCUGCUAGUGAUAUUGCAAUGACAGAACUUCCACCAACACAUCCCAUUCGCUUAGGUCUUGCUCUCAAUUUUUCUGUAUUCUACUAUGAAAUUCUUAAUUCCCCCGACCGUGCCUGCAGGUUGGCAAAAGCAGCUUUUGAUGAUGCAAUUGCAGAACUGGACACGCUGAGUGAAGAAAGCUAUAAGGACUCUACACUUAUCAUGCAGUUGUUACGUGAUAAUCUGACACUAUGGACUUCAGACAUGCAGGGUGAUGAUUCCUAAAGGAAAAUCCAACUCUUCCUUUCCUAAAAACUCUACUUUGUGAAGAGCAGAAUAAAGAAGCGCUGCAGGAUGUGGAAGAUGAAAAUCAGUGAGACAUAAAAGCCAACAAGAGAAACCAUCUCUGACCACCCUAGACCUUCCCAUCCCAUCCCUCUUGGAAAUCCCCCAUUGUCACUGAGAACCACCAAAUCUGACUUUUACAUUUGGUCUCAGAAUUUAGGUUCCUGCCCUGUUGGUUUUUUUUUUUUUUUUUUUAAACAGUUUUCAAAAGUUCUUAAAGGCAAGAGUGAAUUUCUGUGGAUUUUACUGGUCCCAGCUUUUAGGUUCUUUAAGAACACUAACAGGACUGCAUAGAGGCUUUUUCAGCAUUACUGUAUUGUCUCCUGCCAGAUGUGGCAAGAUCACCAUUAGAAACGGAAAUUACAUUCGAAAGCCAUUAGAAUUUUACAAGAUGCAAGCAUCUAAGAGAAAGGUUAAUCACACUAUACUGGUGUAUGUGGUAUCAUUUUCCCUUUUUCUGAUUGUUUAAAUUGAAUUUUAUACCAAUGUUUAAACUUAAUUGGAUGUUAGCUUGAGGUGGUAAAAAGGUUUUUUGGAGAGUUUGUUGUAAUGGUUUUGCUGUAAAAAAGUGUUUCAAACUCUGCUGAAAUGUUGCUGAAAAGCGUGGUGCUGGUAACAGUUCAACAAUCCGUGGCUGCUCAUUCUUGCCUACUUUUACUCUCCCUCUGAAGCAGGUUAGCGUUGAAGGUGGUAUGGAAAAGCCUGCAUGCGUGUUCAAUUCUUUGUUUCUUCUCCUCCCCUCUCCCCCUGGGCCCCGCCCCUCCCCUCCUUCGCUCGCUCAACCUCUUUUGUUCAGUAUGUGUAACUUGAAGCUAAUUUGUACUACUGGAUAUCUGACUGGAGCCACAGAUACAGAAUCUGUAUUGUUCUUACUGAAACACAGCAUGGAUUAACAUUAAACUUAAAUAAAACAAACCUAAAUUAAAAAUGCCAAACAUUAUUGUGCCUCUAUCCUUUUUCCUUCUACAAUAAAAUCUCUAGUCUAAAUACA